AUGAAGACCCUGCUCCUGACCAUCGGCCUCAGCCUCAUUGCUGCCCUGCAGGCCCAGGACCCCCUGGCCUUGGGCGAGGAGACUCCGGACGUCUCAGGGAAAUGGUAUCUGAAGGCCGUGACCGCUGACCAGGAGAUUCCCGGGGAGAAGCCUGAGUUGGUGACUCCCAUGAUCCUCACGGUCCUGGAGGGGGGCAACCUGGAGGCCAAAGCGACCGUGAAGGUGAGCGGUCAGUGCCAGGAGACGAAACUGGUGCUGGAGAAAACCAAUGAGCCCGGCAAAUACACGGCCGACGAGGGCAGGCGCGUGGUGUACAUCUCGCCGUCGAACGUGAUGGACCACUACGUGCUUUACUGUGAAGGCGAGCUCCGGGGGAAGCAGAUCCGGAUGGCGAAGCUCGUGGGAAGAGAGGCGGAGAACAACCAGGGGGCCCUGGAGGAUUUUAAGACGUUCGCGAGAGACAAAGGGUUCGACCCGGAGAAGAUCUUCACGCUCACGCGCCAUG